UGAAAAUUUACUCCGAGAAAAAGCCGAAAGCGGAGGCCACAGAUUUGUUGGCACUUUUCUCGUGUAUUUCAUACUCGUGUGCUUAGAAAAACGUACAAUUUCCUGAUAUAAAGAAUUCCAACCGUUUUCCGUCAACCGUCGCCGGGUAUUCGUAGCCGUCGAAGCUAUCGUGAAGAUCCAACGGAAGAAGUCGCCACUGCUUCUGCCCUCCCGCGUGUUCCGGUACCGAGUCAAACACCGGAACAGACGUAGUAAAGACGAUCGUUCAUCGCGCGAGUACGUUCCCCUUCCAUACGACCCCGUAGGCCAGCACUAGCACUCCGUUUUGUUCCUUGGAGCGCACAAGGACCGAUCCCUUAUCCGAUUAGCGCGCGUCUAGGUGGCCCCCAGCUGGCUGCUCCCCAUUUAAUCCGUUCGUGGCUUCCCCGGGUAUGAGCAAAGCCGUCAAAAUAGAUCCAUCAAGCGAAAGCAGCCGGGAACUGCCGCCCGGUACGUUCAAGCUCUUCAUCGGCAAUGUCGACGAGAAGACGCAGCCGUCCGAACUGCGGCCACUGUUCGAAAAAUACGGUACGGUCGUCGAAUGCGAUGUGGUGAAGAAUUUCGGCUUCGUCCACAUGGAAAACGAAGAUCAGGGCCGCGAGGCGAUUCAGCAUCUGAACGGGUACGUGAUCGGCGGUCAACCGAUAAAGGUGGAGGCUGCCAGAAGCCGCCGGGCACCGAAUGCCAACACGACGAAAAUUUUCGUCGGUAACCUCACGGACAAAACGCGCGCACCGCAGGUACGCGAACUGUUUCAAAAGUUCGGUGCCGUCGUCGAGUGCGAUAUCGUGCGGAACUAUGGCUUCGUGCAUCUCGAUCCAACCGGGGACGUGAACGAUGCGAUCCGGGAACUGAACGGCAUGAUGGUGGACGGCCAACCGAUGAAGGUGCAGGUGUCCACCAGCCGUGUCCGGCCGAAGCCGGGUAUGGGCGAUCCGGAACAGUGCUACCGGUGCGGUCGUGCCGGCCACUGGUCGAAGGAGUGUCCGCGUCUAAUCUGGGCCGAACGUGGCUUCCGCGAACGCAGCAUGUACGCCCGGGAUCCGUAUCCGCCGCCGCCACCGCCGCCAUUCCUUCGCGAUCGUAUUAUGGACGGAUUUAGGGACACGUUUGAUUAUUAUGACCGCUACGAAGAUCCGCGCGACCUGUUCGAACGGCGGUACGGUAUCCGGGGCCGUGAUUUUCCCCCCAUAAGACGCGAACCAAUGCCACCGAUACCGCCACUGAUGAGGCGUAGCGUAACGGAGAGUAGUCGUAGCAGCAGCAGCUACGAGGCUAUCUUUAGCCGGCGUACGCCUCCGCCGACCAGUCGGAAUGGAAGCAGCAGCAUAAGCCGCUUCGGUGUGUACGAAGACUUUAGUCGGGAUUCGUUCGAUGAUAGGCGCGGUCUGCGUGGACCGUCGCCCACCCAUCGGUACGCACCGUACUGAGACGGAAUGAACUAGACCCACCACCAUCUCCGUACGCGGUUGGGUUCUACGAUAUAUUGGUGGCGCGAAUAUGAUCGCACCGUCCUCCCACCCACGCUCAGAUAUUAAGUGGAAUGUAGAUGUUAAUCUAAGAAACAAUUACACACCGCAACGCCAGAACGGAUUUGGAUUUGGACAAAGGAAUGGGGGAGGUUUGGGAGAAUCAUAUCGCAAGGCUCUAGUACUUCCCCAUGCCGGCUCCAGUUAGCUGCAAGGUUGUACUUACAGCUCCUUAAAACCAUAAAAAGAAAAUCAUGAGCAUGAGAGCGAGAGGAGAGAGAGUAGAGGGAAAAGUUUUCCCCCGUGACUGUGUAGGAAAGUGCAGGAGUUUCAAAUGCAAUUGCUAAUAGACUUCGCUAAUGUGAAGGUACGUCUCUUAGGGCUAUAUAACAAAUUCUUAUAAUCGACACAUGCAUUUUUCAUUCACGUCUUCAUUUAUUAGUUGCUUGUUUAGUGUGUAUUGCCAAUAAUUCUCUGCGUAAGUCAUGUUUUACUUUGAACCAUUUUUAUUACGCUCAUUUUUAAAAAUCACUUAUAUUUUCUUAUUGCGCGUCAUCAUUAUUGCGUUCUAAUAUAUCUUUAAUCAUGGUAAACAACGUUAAUGGAAUA